AUGAAUACCAUUGAAUGCCUUUUUAUUUCAACCUUGGUGUUGAGUUUUUUUAUUACACCAAACAAUUGCUUGUCGUUCGAUCCUUAUUAUGUUCAUAUCACCAGUCAAUUGAGCCACGGAAAAACUUUGCUUUUGCAUUGUCAAUCUAAAGACAACGAUCUUCAUGUUCAGUAUCUAAAACCCAACGCAACAUUUUCGUGGCACUUUAAGUUAAAUGUUUUCGAAUCUACGCUCUUUUGGUGCUACAUGGCUCCCGACGAUCAUCAUCAUGCCGAUUUUAAAGUUUUUUACGUCAAUUCACGUUUUCUUCAAAAAUGUAACAGUAAUAACGAAUUCUUUUGGAUUAUUAAAGAUGAAGGAGCUUAUGUCAAAAAUAUUCCUAAAGGUAUUGAUGACUUUCAGCAUGAAUGGGAAUCAAAUUAA